UAGAUGCUAAGCGAGAAAUAUGUGUGGCUUGGAGAUGUGGCGCAUGAAUCCCGAUCGGGAAAUGGACCGUCGUCCAGCGUGGCUUCCGGUCCAGCGAAGCAAAGCAGACCUGAUCUCUUCCAAGUUCCUGCAUCCAACUCAACUCCAUCUUAUUCAUCGUCUCCUUUAUAGCACGGCAUCGGCCCCGUAUCCUCACUGACAUCGCUCUAACAACCUUUACCUGUGGUGUCCCGCGUCCCCCCGAACGGCCCUGUCGUCCCUUCGCUCACGAGACUUCAUAUCCCCUUCAUAUCCCCACCCCGGUAACCGCCCCUCGGUUCCCCUGUUGUGAGCGAGCUCGAAUUCCUCUCGUCCACCCGCGUAUCCGUCAUGGACAACAACAUGGAAAUAGAUACUGCUCGGUCACCUGAACCCCAUCAUCUUUCUCCCAUAAGCGACCCCGGUUCCAUACCGACUCUGGAUGGAUGGAUCGAAAACUUGAUGAGCUGCAAGCAAUUAUCCGAGGAGGAUGUCAGGCGCUUGUGUGAUCGGGCCAGAGAGGUUUUGCAGGAAGAGUCGAAUGUGCAGCCAGUGAAAUGCCCAGUUACUGUCUGCGGUGAUAUACACGGCCAGUUCCACGAUCUGAUGGAGCUCUUCCGCAUUGGUGGCCCAAAUCCCGACACAAAUUACCUAUUCAUGGGUGACUAUGUCGACCGUGGCUACUAUUCCGUGGAAACUGUCACACUUCUAGUCUGCCUCAAGAUUCGCUACCCCCAACGCAUCACCAUCCUCCGAGGAAACCAUGAGUCGCGCCAGAUCACACAGGUGUAUGGGUUUUACGACGAAUGUCUGCGAAAAUACGGCAAUGCCAAUGUCUGGAAAUACUUUACCGACCUCUUCGACUAUCUCCCCCUUACUGCGCUCAUCGAGAAUCAGAUCUUCUGUCUCCAUGGAGGUCUGAGUCCUUCUAUUGAUACUCUGGACAACAUUCGUUCUCUGGACCGUAUUCAGGAAGUCCCGCACGAAGGUCCAAUGUGCGAUCUGCUCUGGAGUGAUCCAGAUGACAGGUGCGGAUGGGGUAUCUCUCCUCGUGGUGCUGGUUACACCUUUGGACAGGAUAUUUCCGAAGCAUUCAAUCACAACAAUGGUUUGACUCUGGUUGCGCGAGCGCACCAGCUGGUAAUGGAGGGAUAUAACUGGUCCCAGGAUCGGAAUGUCGUUACGAUUUUCUCAGCCCCUAACUACUGCUACCGUUGCGGUAACCAAGCCGCAAUUAUGGAAAUUGAUGAACACCUUAAGUAUACAUUUCUACAAUUUGACCCCUGUCCCAGAGCAGGAGAACCGAUGGUAUCGAGACGUACACCGGAUUAUUUCCUGUGAUUUGAUAGAGUCUACAAUCUCCAAACAACUACGUCAUCUAUCAUCUGUCUGGAACCGUAUUGCUCUUCAAUUUAGGCUUCUCAUAUCUCCAGUUACUGGAGCUCUCUGGGGGUGAGGAAGCGUACCCAGAGCGCUUUUUGCCUACUUAAUUUCUUUUUACACCCGUAUGUUCUUACCGUUUUGUUGAUACCAUUGAUGAAAAUAAAGAUGCUAUUGGGAUCAAAGGCCCUCCCCUGCUUUUUCUUUGCUAUAUUUACCCGGAUAGAGUAUACUAGCCGGCGGUAUUAUUUAUACACGGCAUAUAAAGCUCGAUGACCAUUCUGUAUACCUAAGAGCUAGUCUCAGUGCCAUGCUUUGCUCGGCACUGCCAACCGGAAUAAAUUACUGCAAAACAUUGCCAUUCGUGCUAUUUACCUUGCUUCCUUUUUAUCCCGUACCGGGUGCUUUCAGGAGUAGUCCUGGACAUAUCAGUUAGAUGAGACAAGAAUUAC